CAAUAUGUAUUUGAAAUCAAUUAUAUUAAUAAUGUUUAUGGUUUCAGUUUGUAGGGCACGGGAUCCCCUACCGGACAUGACUGACCCCGAGUUUCAACAGGAUUGCCUCAAGACAACCAACGACUACCGGAGCCGACAUCAGGCACCGCCAGUUACUAUCGAUCCGAAAAUUGUAGAGUAUGCUAAGUCCCGGUGCCAAUUGGAGUCACAGUUUCAUCGGCUAGAUAAUCAUCAUCGGGGACUGGAUAAGCACCUGUAUGGCGAAAAUUUUGCCUGGAAAGGUAACAGCGAGGAUGUGGUCGGCACCUGUAAGCAGGCACUGGAAAAAUGGUACAAAGAGGGCUUGAACUAUGAUUACGAUAAUCCGGGUACAUCCCAUAAUACUGGACAUUUUUCACAAUUGGUUUGGGUAGGUAGCAGCCAAAUGGGAUGUGCCCGGUGCUAUGGUAAAGGUGAUAAAUACUAUGAAACCUAUGUAGUAUGCGAUUAUCAUCCACCAGGUAAUAUUAGAGGAGAGUACCAGGAUAAUGUUUUACCUGAACAAUAGUAAAAGCUAAUUAAUUAAUUAAUUAAUU